AUGUUUGGGCGUGUAGGGCGUGGCCUGCGGACCGCAGCUGGCCCCUGGCGGACGCCUACGACGACAGCCCUACCUUUCUGCCGCCCAUGGCAUAGUUCCCCUGUAGUGUCGCGUGCGCGCGCGCCACCAUCGUCCAAAAGCAAAAGGGCGUCGGUACCCUCAGCCACCGCUACGGCGGCCAAUACACUUCGACGGUUCCUGGAAGAACGUGGGAUCUUGGCCAAGGCCGAUACACGUUUUGACUUCAUCUCCCGCAAAGCUGUGCCGCCCGGUCCAUCGCCGUAUGCCCUACGUCGAGCUCGCCUACCCAGCGCCAAAGCCAAAGCGCUCGCACUGGAAAGCAAAGCCCUGCGUGAGCAAGUCGCUUCACAGCAGGCCCCGAUACCGUCGCGCACCGAGCUAGGCCCGUCAAACGCCAUUCAACCUUGGCACGAAGAUGAUACGCGGCCCACCCUGCCCCUCACAGCCAUGCGCAUUCCAUCGAGCGACCUGCCCGAAGCCGCGGCAUUUGCUACGGCCCAAUCGUACAAUUUCGACGUAUUGCUCAGCAGCGGGCGCUUGCCGGCCAAUUGGGUAUGGCUCGAGGACCGAGAGGUGAUCUACAUUCCUGCAUGGCCUGCGCCGACGACAGGCGAACCUGUGGGCAGCGUGUUUAUUUUCCGCUCGGGAUGCUACACGACAUGGGGCUUAUCGCCCGAGCAGAACGCAGCGUUCUACAAUGAAGUGCUACGUGACGAUCAUGUCCCUGUGGAGCAGCAUCAAUACACAGUCGCGGGCGACGAGGCCAUGGAGUUUGUACGUCUGCCGAACGAAGCGACGCGGAUCGUCGGCGACUUGAUCGUGCUGGGCCAGCCGCCUGAACAGCCAGAUCGUCCCAGCCGCCUAUCCCAUACAUCAAGCACACCAGGCACACCGAAAUCAAACGCCCACGGCCCUUCGCUGAGCUUGCAAGCUCGUUUGGCCUUCUCGCAAGGGUUGGCGGCCUCAGCUCGUUUGACAGUGCAAGAAUCUGUCUUGUCCGAGUACGCAACGGGCGUAGCGCCCAUCCCUGAGCUCCUGGAAGCGAAUGGAAAAGUACCGCUAUCGCGUCGCGAUGUGAUUCGCAAGUUGGGCUCCCUUUUACGCAUUCGACAACGCCUGAACUUGGAUCGGGAUAACUUUAUUGACGAUCCUGAGCUGUACUGGGAAAACAGUCAUAUGGAGGCAUUGUACCGAAGUAUAUGCACCGCCCUCGACAUGAAGCCACGUAUCGAGUCGAUGAAUGCCAAACUCAACCACUGCGAAAAUUUGCUGGAGGUCCUGCGCGCUCUGCUGACUGAAGAGUCGAGUCACCGUAUGGAGCUGAUUAUUAUCUAUUUGAUUGCGUUCGAAGUGGCAAUGGCGCUGGUGAGCCACGAAUAUAUCCCUACGCCUCUGACGAUGUGGCACUGGCUCAGGGGCACAGACGCCGCACUCACGAGCCCUGCGACCAUAUAG